ACCGGGAAAUUCCUGGCGCUGGAUCUCGGCGGCACAAAUUUCCGUGUGCUGCUUAUCGAACUCGGUCCCAACAAGUUCUCCAUGGAGUCAAAAAUCUUCGCUGUGCCGCAGAAGGUCAUGCUUGGUUCCGGGGAAGGGUUGUUCGACCACAUCGUGGAUUGCUUAAGUUUAUUCACCAAGGAACACGGGGUGGCUGACUUGAAACUGCCACUUGGGUUCACGUUUUCCUUCCCGUGCAGCCAAGAAGGCCUGACGAAGGCGAGACUCGUCACCUGGACCAAAGGCUUCAAGUGUUCCGGUGUCGAAGGAGAAGACGUCGUUCGCCUGCUUCGAGAGGCCAUUUCUCGUCGAGGGGACGUCGACCUUGACGUUUUGGCAGUUCUCAACGACACGACGGGUUGCUUAAUGUCGUGUGCAUGGAAGAACCCAACAGCUGAGAUCGGCGUUAUAGUUGGGACUGGAACGAAUGCUUGUUACAUGGAAAGGCUUGAGAAUGUACUCAGAUAUCCGGAUGACGAGAGAGCCGAUGGACCUGAUCAGGUGGUUGUGAAUACGGAAUGGGGAGCAUUUGGUGACCACAACGAGCUCGACUUUGUGCGAACAAAAUACGACCACCUUAUCGACGAGCAAUCGCUCAAUCCUGGUCGUCAAUUUUUAAGUGUCCUCAGCUCAAAUUAUCCGUGUGGCAUCGGUGCGUCCGUACGAGAAGAUGAACGGAUCAUCUUGGAAGAAGAGCUGGGGCUCGACAACGUCACCGACGACGAUUGCGAGAAUGUGCGCUACGUCUGCGAGGUCGUCUCACGUCGCGCUGCACACCUCGUGUCUGCCGGCAUCGCCACUCUUUUGAAUAAGAUUCAGAAGAAGAAGGUGACUGUGGCAGUGGAUGGUUCUGUGUACCGCUUCCACCCGCACUUCCACAACCUCAUGAUGGACAAGAUUAAGCAAUUAUUGCACCCUGGUCUAGAGUUUAAAGAAAGAGGGGCUGAAAAGUCCAUGCUCUUCUACUUCUCGGGAAUGUACAUGGGGGAAAUCGCGAGGUUGGUGCUGGUGGACCUCACACACAAUGGCCUGCUUUUCAGCGGCCAAUCGUCGCCCCUGUUGGAAGAGAAGGGCCGGUUCUACACCAAGUACAUAUCCGAAAUUGAGACACAGAAGGAAAACGAGUUCGCUUUGAUGCUCUCCGAAGAUGGCAGUGGUCGAGGUGCUGCUCUGGUCGCAGCCGUUGCCAGCAGAGUCCAGCUCGCGAAAUUGAAUGCUUCUUGA